UCAGUACAAAAUUAUCAGAAAAAUUUUUAAUCAUGGAUCUCGCAUCGUUGAUGAUUUACAUCUUCACCUAUAUAUUCGGUAGAUUCCUUAAAGGCCCCCCAGAGCAAUUGGGUCGGGCGUACUUAAAACCUUUAAGUGUAGACAUGGAGCAUAGGGAGUCCUCCUACAAAUGGCACCAGGUGGCCCACAACAAGUAUUUUCGACCACAAAACUUUACGGGCGAUUUCGAAAGCAGCGAAGUACACAAUCCCUAUACGGCAGAGCUUGUAAAUGAUACAAGCGGAGAGGAUGUCGAGGAGUCCCAUUUGGAGGAUUGGAAGACAAUUUUGCAAGAAAACGCGCUUAUUUUGCGAGACGAGGUGACCAGUUUGGUGAAGAUGCGUGUUUCGAAGGUCGCCGUUUUUCGUCGACUGAUCCAUUCUCUGUUCAAAUACUUUCGGGACAUAUUGUUGCCAAGUGACAUCUUCUAUAUAAUCUGCUCAACUAUCAUACCUUGUCAGUAUGUCUUCAAAUGGUUCGGUGAGCUCCGAAAUUAUGUCACAGGCAGAGUCGGCCAGGAGGUGCCGCAACAAACUCAAACCUAUUCAACGCCAAAAGUCUCAUCCAUUCGCACCAGUUCAGCAAUAGAGGAAGAACAUCGUUACAGAGAGAUUCUAGCCCAGCUCAGCCUGAUAGCCAACCAGGAAGUGUUGCAACAGAGUGCAACUAAUUUAUCGCCAGUUGUCGCGCCACUCGCUGAGGAACACAUUCGAACCGUAACUGUAAUCAGUCCAGCCAUGGGACAGGAGGAGGAGCAAGAACUUCCAGCCCAGCUCAGUCUGAGAGACAACCAGGAAUUGCAGCAACAGACCGAUACCAGCCGACCCUUAAGCGAUCAUGGAGAGAACAAAACAGACCAUCUAGAACGCUGUCGAGGAAAGAGCGAGGAGCAGAAGGCCAUUUUCUGGCUAAAUGACGGCAGAAUGUAUGUCGUGGACUGUCAAGAGGUGGGCGAUGAUCUGGUUACUGAAGACCCCUAAAGGACAGCCGACACCUCAAAAUAUUAAAAUAUGUUAAGCAUGUUUCGUUUUUCAAGUUGUAUUUGUUAUAUUUUUUGUGAAAUAUAUUUUGUUAAUCACACCGUUA